CGUACCGCCCCUGGCGCCACCCCCGUGUGGGGGCGGCAGUCGACGUCGGAACGUCGUGUGCUCAACAUCUCCUCGCUGUCGUUGUCUUUGGGUAACUACGUAUUAUCACGCUCCACUUUCGAUAAGUCACGUGACCGUGGACCCCGCCAGAGCCAACGGGAUGACGAGGCAAGCCGCCACCGGUGACGGAGGGAGGCUGACGUUGGACGUCAAGUCCCAGGCGCCCAAGAGUGUGACGACCAACGGCACGAGCAGCACGGGCACCCAGGAAUGUGCCGGUUGUGGCAAACACAUCACAGAGAGGUUCCUAUUGAAGGCUCUAGACCUAUACUGGCACGAGGACUGUCUCAAGUGUGGCUGCUGCGAUUGUAGACUGGGCGAAGUUGGAUCAACUCUCUACACCAAGGCUAAUCUCAUCCUCUGCAAGAGAGAUUACUUAAGGCUGUUUGGGAGUACAGGUUACUGCGCAGCUUGCUCCAAAGUCAUUCCAGCGUUCGAGAUGGUGAUGCGUGCCCGCAACAAUGUCUACCACCUGGAGUGUUUCGCGUGUCAGCAAUGCAACCACAGGUUCUGCGUGGGCGAUAGGUUUUACCUCUGCGAGAACAAGAUCCUGUGCGAGUACGACUACGAGGAGCGGCUAGUGUUCGCUAACAUGGCGUACAACCCGCCCAGCAUCGCUCAGCUCAAGCGACACACCAGCCACCUGCCGCCUCCCCUGCCUGGAGGAGCACGUUCUGGACCCGGCCCCGAGCUCGGAGACCGUCGACACCCUGAAGGUCACCGGGAGGUCACCAACGGUCACCACUACCCACCACCACCACCCAAUGAUCCUCCUCUACUCUUCGAUGUCAAGUGAUCUGCUCGCCCUUUCUACUGUUGAUGGAUACCCCUCGGCAGCAACCUGUCAAUCAAUGUUCCCUAGACUACGUUGUUUUGCUCAUCGACUAUGAUUGAUAUACUGUCACAUUCCACUCCCCGAGUCUACCUAUCGAACUGUUGUGCAAUAUCUGCGAUCUCUCCUGUAGCCCUCUAGCUUUAGAAUGAAACUCUUCAUGUUGCUGCUCUCGCAAAGCCGUCCUUCUGGUGUAGGACUCGACAGCCAAAGAAUAAAACUUUGCAAAGAUUAGUAAGAGUACCUGUUUUCUUCCUUGUGCGUUAUAGGUAUUAACAGUACAGUGUGAAUGCAACGACGCACGGCAUUUAUUUUUAAUUACUUAGAUUGUCUUAAUUAGAAAUACUCAAAACGAAUAUCUUGUCUGACGUUUAUUUCACUGAAGAAGCACACAAAUCUAGAUAGUUCCGGACUUUUUAGAAUCUCUCUCUUAGUUGGAUGAAUUUUAACUAAUAUUAUUAACAACUGGAAUAAUUUUUUAUAUGAACUUUUGACUUUCAUAUUCUUGCUUUGUUCACAGUAUAUUCCCCUCAAUACAUAAUAAACUGUUCUUGCAAGUUGCGUUCGUAUGGACCAUGUUGCAUAUACUCCAUUGUUCCCCAUAAAGUUCACAUCCCGUUCAUAUUUUGAGAUGUCUAUUAUAUCAUUGAUAUUUGGAGACAAUGUUGAACAUGUUUAAUGUACUACAAGUUUAGCUCUUCGUCAUUAUUGUGUACUAGUACUUGUAAAAAUACUUUCUAAUCAAUAAGAAUUACUGAAAUUCUUCAUAUAGUGGUGAUCACGUCUUCCUUCUAGGUUUUUCUAAUAAUUACCGAAAUUUAUUUCGCAAGUAGUCUUCCUAAAUAUGUAAAAAGUAAACAAACUAUUUUUCAAUGAUAUUAAUAUAUUUUAAAAACAGGUACAUCCAAGAAAUUGUGUUUCUGUAUUACUCUAAAAAUUUACUAAAACACUUCAAUAACCAAAUUCCAUUGCGUUACAAUUAUUAUUAUUACAAAGUUUUAUUAUUUCAUAGAGAAGUAAGGGACAUAUCAACUAAAUCAUUGUUGCUAUCUACAUAAUGUUCUCAAAUAUUUACACUUAAUAAGUUAAAUUCAUAGAAUUACGAAUACGACUGCUAUAAAACAAUAAAGUACUUUAAAAGUAUAUUUAUAUAAAUAUAUUUCAAAUUUCUUAAUUGGACGCUUUUAUUUUAUUACGAUUGAUGUGUUGUUAUUGUAUAUAAGAAAAUAUUGUUGGCGAUUUACGAAAGGUUUUAUUGCUUAGUUUAUUAUCCAAAAAUGCAUACUUAAUCACAAUUUUCACGUACCCACAAAUAUAAGCUUUUAAAAUGCCACUGCAUAAUUUAAGUGUUGUUUUAUUUUUAGAUAAAAUUUGUUAUCGUUAUUUUUUGUUGAUCACUCUUGUGAGUUACCACAGUUUAGUUCAGUAACACCUUGCUGUGUCCAUUGAUAUACUAGAAUAAGUAGGUUAGAAAUAAGUUAAAUUAUAUUGACGGAAUAUUGUUGUAAAUAAAACUAUGUUUCGAUGUAGAUAAGUUAUAUGUUGUUGGGAUGGAAGCAAUGGACAACACGGACUCCUCCGAUAGUUACCUCGUUGUAUAAAUGUAUUUAUCUUAAUCAUAUGAAUAAAACUUCAAUAAGUAAAGGAA